AUGGCGUCGCAGUCGAGUCUGCAGGAGAUCGGGGAGGCGACGGACGCGGUGUUCGCGAGCCUGCACCUGCGUCCCUUUCUGCUGCGGCUGCCGCUGCCCGCGGGCGAAGCAGCAGCAACAAUCCGCGGCAUUUGCGAAAAAGUCACCAAGAACAAGUCCGCCUCCCACACGCGUUCGAACCCCCUCGACGCCGCCACGGAGCAGCCCGACGCUGCGCGCGCGGAGCAGCAGGUCGAGGGGCUUCGCCAGAUGCUCUCGAGCCAGAGCGUGGCGGGCUUCGUUCUCGUGCUCGUCGAGGCCCCCCAGGGGCCCCUGGGGGGCCCCCAGGGGCCCCUCAAGGGCCCCCAGGGGCCCCACUACUGCCCCGUCGCCGGCGGCAUCGUCGAGGUCGUCGACCCCGUCGAGCGCUCCGUACGCGCCAUCUGGUGCCGGCGCUCGCUGCCCGCGGAGGUGUCGGAGGUGAUAAUGCGGACUCUGUCUCUGCGGCUGUUUGCCUACGGGUUCGCGUCGAGCCAGCAAAUGGUGCCGAGCUCUUUGAACAAAGACUCUCUGUCGCCUUCGAAGACCCCCGUGGCCAACCGCCUCAUCAGCUGCACGCAAGAAAGCAUGUUUUUGUUUCCUCGAGACGCCACGGCGUUCAUGAAGACGCAGCUUUGCAUGUCCAGACACUGGGAAACGCCGCUCGACGGCGGCAGCCACAUCGACCACCCCAAGGCGCCCUGCCGCUGCAGCAGCGUGCGAAACGUCGCGGGCGCGUGGCAAUUUUCAGGAAUCAGUUUGUCCCGCUUCGUGAAUUACUGGCGGAACCACGGGCGAGUGGCGCUGCUCGAGGUGCCCAGCUCGGCGCUGGGCUACUUCGCGCUGCACGACAGGCCGGGCCAGGGACUUGAGAGCGGCGCCAAGCGCCAGCGCCGGCGCGCCGCGGAGGCCGUCAAGACGGAGGAGGCCCCGCGGACUCCGCCGCAGGGCGGGGCCGCUGGCGCGGCCGCAGCCAAGGAGCUGCAGCAGCAGCAGCUGCAGCAGCAGCCCGCCUCCGAGGCCGGCGAAGUCAUUGCAGCUUCCUCGCGGCGCGGGCUGCGCCGCGAGUGCUCCAUCCCCCCUCUGAGCCACCACGGCGGCGCGCAGCGAAGGCAGGCCAAGGCCGCGAGGAUGGGCGCCGCCGCGGGACCCCCAGCCAGGGGGGCCCCCCGGCCCGCAGAGGGGGCCCCCCCACCAGCCGGCCAGCAGCAGCUGCCGCGGCACAGACAGCCCGCGCUGCCCUCGCGACCCACGGCGCGAGCCAACGGCCCCAAGGGCCUGCGCUGUGCAGGCGUGGCGACAGACAAUUUACGGGCGCGGCGGACGCGGUAG